AUGUCUCCAGUCCUCACCUGUCUGCUGGUUUUCCUGGCAGGCUGCUUGGGAUGCCAGCACCACUCCUGCCGCUGCGUGGGCAGGGUCUUCAUUUGUCAGGAGAGCAAGGUAGUCCAGGUUCCCCGGGACAUCCCUGCCAACACCACCGAACUGAGAUUUGUCCUCACCAAGAUGAGAGUCAUUCCAAAAGGAGCUUUCGCAGGACUUGGUGACCUAGAGAAAAUAGAGAUCUCACAGAAUGAUGCCUUGGAGGUCAUAGAAGCAAAUGUGUUUUCCAACCUUCCCAAACUACAUGAAAUAAGAAUUGAGAAGGCCAACAACCUUGUGUACAUUGAUCAAGAUGCCUUCCAACACCUUCCAAGCCUCAGAUAUUUGUUAAUAUCAAACACUGGCCUUCGUUUUUUACCUGCUGUCCAUAAUUUCAGAAAGUUUCACUCGUUUUGGGUUGUAAUUUUAGAUAUUCAAGACAAUAUCAAUAUACGUACAAUUGAAAGAAAUUCAUUCACGGGCCUGAGUUCUGAAAGCGUGAUUCUAUGGCUAAAUAAAAAUGGGAUUCGGGAAAUUGAGAAUCAUGCAUUUAAUGGAACCUACCUGGAUGAGCUAAAUCUAAGUGAUAAUCACAACCUAGAAAAAUUGCCAAAUGAGGUCUUCCAAGGAGCGAAUGGGCCUGUUGUUUUGGAUAUUUCAAGGACAAGAAUCAGUUUCCUGCCAAGUCAUGGAUUAGAACUCAUUAAGAAGCUAAGAGCAAGGUCUACAUACAAUUUAAAAAAGCUUCCCGAUUUAAGCAAAUUUAGAUCUUUGAUUGAGGCAAACUUCACCUAUCCUAGCCAUUGCUGUGCAUUUACAAACUGGAAAAGGCAAAACACUGAAUUGCAUCCGAUAUGUAGCAUAUCUCAGGCCAAGCAAGGCGAGAAGAUACAUAGGCGAUCUGCAGCUGAAGAUUAUAUUUCCAACUAUGGCAUAGGAUUUGACCCAUCAGAGAAUGAAUUUGACUAUGGUUUAUGCAAUGAAGUAGUUAACGUAGCUUGCUCACCUAAACCCGAUGCUUUCAAUCCAUGUGAAGAUAUCAUGGGAUACAACAUUCUGAGAGUCCUGAUAUGGUUUAUCAACAUUUUAGCUAUCACUGGGAACAUUGUUGUCCUCAUUAUUUUAAUAAGCAGUCAAUACAAACUCACCGUACCUCGUUUUCUAAUGUGCAAUCUUGCAUUUGCGGAUCUCUGCAUAGGUAUCUAUCUGUUGUUUAUUGCAUCUGUAGAUAUCCAGACCAAAAGCCAGUAUUACAACUAUGCCAUAGACUGGCAAACUGGGGCAGGAUGCAAUGCUGCAGGAUUUUUUACAGUAUUUGCAAGUGAACUCUCAGUCUACACGCUGACUGUGAUAACUCUGGAGAGGUGGCAUACCAUCACCUAUGCCAUGCAGCUGGACCGCAAGGUACGAUUUCGUCAUGCUGUGAUUAUAAUGAUUUUUGGCUGGAUGUUUGCUUUCACUGUGGCACUUCUUCCCAUAUUUGGAGUCAGCAGCUACAUUAAGGUCAGCAUCUGUUUGCCCAUGGAUAUAGAAACACCGGUUUCUCAGGCUUAUGUUAUGUUUCUUUUAGUGUUGAAUGUACUUGCAUUUGUGAUCAUAUGUGCCUGCUACAUCUGCAUCUACUUUACUGUGAGAAACCCUAAUGUCAUCUCUUCAAACAGUGACACCAAGAUUGCCAAGCGCAUGGCCAUACUGAUCUUCACGGACUUCCUCUGCAUGGCACCAAUAUCUUUUUUUGCAAUAUCAGCCUCACUCAAGGUUCCUCUCAUCACAGUGUCCAAAUCCAAGAUCCUUCUGGUUUUGUUUUACCCCAUCAAUUCCUGUGCUAACCCUUUCCUCUAUGCCAUUUUCACAAAGACUUUCCGCAGGGAUUUCUUCAUUCUGUUGAGCAAGUUUGGUUGCUGUGAAAUGCAAGCCCAGAUUUACAGAACAGAGACCUCCUCAUCUGCUCAUAAUUUCCACACAAGAAAUGGCCAUUGCUCUCCUGCAUCAAAAAACAGUGAUGGGACUAUUUAUUCAUUGGUUCCUAUGAAUCACUUGAACUGA